AUGCCUGACACGUUCCCAUCGCCGGUGCUGUCGCCUUCGUCGGCUCUCAAGCCCGGCCAGCUGAUACCGGGCGGAUCGCCCAUGAUGGGCAUGAUGUCGAUCACUCCACUCGGUAGUGGCGGCACGGCUAGCCUACCGCACGGCCUUGGUGGACUCAGCAUGGUGCCACUCGGUAGCGGUGGCGGCAGUCCAAGCGGAGGGCUCACCCUUACCGCGCUGCCCAGCGGCGGACAUCAAGGCGGCCUCACGAUGACACCACUAGCCAGCGGCAACCAAGGCGGCCUCACUAUCGCCCCCAUCCCCAGCGGCGGCGGCGGCGGCGGCGGGCUCACCAUGACCCCGCUGGCGAGUGGCGGGAAUCCAGGCGCUGGGCUUACUAGCGGGGGCGCCAGCCACCACGGCGGCCUGACUCUCAGCCCUCUGGCGAGCGGCGGUGGCAAUCAGGGCCAGCAGGGUGGCCUCACGAUGACUGCUCUGGCCAGCGGGGGCAACCACGGCGGCGGCGGCGUCGGUCUCACGAUGACACCACUCGUCAGCGGUGGCGGCGGCGGCCUUACCAUGACUCCGCUGGCCAGCGGCGGAAAUCAAGGCGGCCUCACGAUGACACCACUAGCCAGCGGCGGCCUCACCAUGACUGCUCUGGCCAGCGGCGGAAACCAAGGCGGCCUCACUCUCGCUCAGCGCAACAGUGGCGGCCUCUCCAUGAAUCCGCUGACCAGCGGCGGGGGCAACCAAGGCCACGGAGGUCUCACGAUGGCGCCGCUGACCAGCGGCGGGAAGACUGGCAUACCCACACCUUACUCGUCGGCGGCAAGCAACGGCUACGGAGGACACAGCCUAUCACCGCUGGCCAGCGGCGAUGGCGCGAUGGGUGGGAUGAGCAUCAAGCCGCUCGCCAGCGGCGGCACCAGCCGCGGCCCAACGACACCAACGCGCGCUGGUGCGAUCAGCAAGAGCAGCGGCGGAAGCGGAAGCGGCGGCGGCGGCGGCGGCGGCGAGAUGUCGAUCAUUCCUACGAUCAGCGGCUCCUCGCGGGAGAAGGAGGGCAAGGGCGAGAUCAUCACGUUCGAGGCCAUGAUGAAGCUCAUCGAUCGAGAGCGCGAGGAGAAAGACAAGCGCAGCCAUUCCGCCGACAGCAUCGAGAGCGACAUGCGCGGCGAAGGCCAAGAACAAGGCGGCCGCAAGCCUACCACCGGGUCCAGCAAGAAGAAAAAGAACAAGAAGACUAGGCGCGAGAUCCUACCAGGGGGCACGAUAAGCAGCAGCGACGAGGACGGCUUGAACAUGCUCGCUUCAGGUGAACACGACUUUGCGUCCGAGGGCAGCAAGUCAGAGCAGACCAAGCUCAAGAAGCUGCGUAAGUCUCUCCAGAUGAAGGAGAAAGGCUUCAAGGAGAUUCGACCGAAGGAAAGCGUCGACGAUACCGCCACCACCGGCGGCACCAAGGAGAAAAAGGCCAACCGCAAGAGCAAGCUUUUCGGGAAGCUCGGCAUCGAAUACGCAGGCGAAGGGCCGAUCGACACGGACGCCGGCAGCCACCCCGACGACGAGAUGUCUCCGUUCGGCGUUGCCUCGUCACCGACCAUCCCACUUUCCGUCGCUCUGGCCAGCACAAGCAAGGAGUCCAAGCAGGCGCAAUUCAUGAACGCCGACAUUCCCCUCCACCAAUCGUUCCUCAAGCACAGUUUUGAUCUCGACUUUGUCUAUACGGCUGAAUAUCUGGCGCGCAAGGCCCUGGCUCACGGGCAUCGCAUCUACUUCGCGCAUAUCAAGAGUCGCAAGCUGGGCAACUCCUACGAGGAGUGCCUACGUUGUCUGUUGAGUCUCUUCAAGAUGCUUCAGGAGGGCUCGCCGUGCGUCCUUCUCGAGUGCUACCAGCACCUGGCGUGGCUUCAAAACUUGCGAAAGACCGCCAAGAUGCAGGAAAAGGCGCAGCUGGUGCAGCUGAUGUGCACGUUUCUGGUGAAGAAGAUCGAAUUCCAUCGGCAUCACCCGCAGUUUGAGGGCACCUACUCCCUGCAAACUCACCACGCCCAGAAGCGACAGAGGAGCGAGCAGUACGCCGUCGACCAAGCGGGUUCCUUCCAAGAGCUGGAAGACUUGCUCGGCGUGCAGCAGGCUCUGAUGGACAUUCCCAACCUCAUCCUGAUGCAACUCGACACAUACAAAGAUGACCUCGCGCUUGAGACGCUGCCUCCGCUCGUUGCGGAGUCGCACGCAAUUCUCUCCAUGUCUACCUAUCUGCUGGUCAAGCUCAAGGUCUUCUGCUUAGACAAGGACAAGUCGGGUACCUUUCAAGAGCUCAAGGGCAGCUACAAGGCACUCUACCAUGUGCUCUCACGAUUCUACUCGCAAAUUCUUCACUACACGAACAUGUCGCCAAGCUUGGUGCCCGUUCUGCCUCCGAAGCAGAAGAUCAGUGCUCUGCUGAACGUGCAGGCACUGCAGUACCCGGUGCGCCUGAAGACGCUCAGCCGAGAGAUACCCAAGGUGGCGGGUCAGAUGCAGCACCACGACAAAGAACGAGAGAAGAAGGAGCGGAGGGAGCGCGAGAAGAGGGAGAAAGACGAAAAGAAGCGGGAGAAGGAGCGAUCGAAGCUAGAGAAGAAGCGGGAGAAGGGGAUGAAGAAGGGCAUGCGACUGCCCGGCAAGAAGAUCGGCAAGGCGGACCUGAAGAAGGAGCUCAAGCGAGAGAUGCAGAAGGAGUGGGAGGAGGAGCUCGAACGGGAAUCAGUUCGUGGGCGGGACACACGCCCUUCUGUAGCCGAGGCGUCAUCGAUGAUCCCGGCCUCGCCCCCAACAGCGGACGCUACCACCACCAGUAGCAACGUCGAACCGCUGCACAGCUCGGUUAAGCGACCCGUUGCGCGCCGCCGGCUGGAGCCCAGUAUGAGCAGUGGCGCUUUCCAGCUACCUCAUCAGCCGCAGCAUCCCCCGCAUGUGCACAUCCUGGGCGAGGAAGGUCGGACGGUGUCGCUGGUGGAAGUGCCCGCCAUCACGCUGCAGCCGGAACCGGAGCCGCACCACAGCCCACUUAAGAGGACACACAGCAGAAGCAAGUCCUACGCUGGCCACGAGAAAGUACAGAUCAACGAGUUCGAUGUAUCGCGGCUGAUAUCGCAGCAACAUCCCGUCUACGCCAACGCCUCGUGGAAUCCCUUCUCGUCGUAG